UUCCAGCAUACAAAACAAAAUUGCCUUCACUGUUUAAUUCAUCCGCCAUCAAUUUUCAAUAUAUAUAUAUAUAUAUAUCAACGGUGCAGGAUGGAUGACUCUGUAAAGGACUUGAUACGAUUUGUAGUUAGAUCGUUCUAUACAUUACCCUAUGUAUUGGUUCUUGAUGCAGUAUUAAAACAUUCAGUAUUAUCAGAAGAUGACUUAAUUCAUUUAUUAAGCAUAAAAAGAAAAGAAUUAAGAGGACUAUGUAAUACAUUAGUAGGUGAUAGAUUAAUGACCAAUCAUAUUCAAAAGGAAGAAAAUGUUCAAAUGAAAUUUGUUACUAAGACUUAUUAUUUUAUUCAUAUAACAGAAACUAUUGAUUCAAUAAAAUGGAGAAUUCAUUCUAUUGUUAAUACAUUAAAUGAAGAAAUGACUCAAUUUGGUAAUCCUCAAGGUUAUGUUUGUCCAAGAUGUGGUAAAAAAGUUAGUCAAUUAGAUGCAAUUUCUUUAUUAAGUGAAGAUAAAACAGAAUUUGUUUGUGAUGUAUGUCAAGGAAUUCUUAUAGAAGAUGAUUCAAGUCAACAAGCAACUUUAAGACAAGAAAAAUUAGAGAAAUUAAUGCUUCAAGUUGAUCCAAUAAUUAAGUAUUUAAAGAGAAUAGAUGAAUCUGAUAUUCAAGAUAAUGAUUUUGAAUCAGCACUUAUUCAAUCAAUUCCAGCUCAAAGUGAAUCAACUGCUUCAUAUACUUUAUCUAAUCGUGUUAGUUCUAAAUCAAGAUCAAAUAUGUCACUUGAAACUCAAGCUGCAAGAUCUCAAGCUACUUUACAUGUUUCAAUUACUGCUAAUGAUGAAAAUUAUGAAAGAGAACAAAUGGAAAAGGAACAACGAAGACAAAAAUUAGAACAAAAUGCAUUACCAUCUUGGCAUACAGCCAGUACUGUUGGUAAAAAUCUUGGAAAAUUAGAAAAUGAUGAUAAUAAUGAAAUAUAUAGUAAAGAAGGUACCCCUAUUAAGAAUGAAGAUGGAGAAUUAAAUAUAAAAGCUGAAGAUGAAGAUAUGGAAAUUGAUGAAGGAAUAGAUGUCAAACCAGAUAAAUCUUCAUUAACUAAGGUUUCAGAACCAACAAGUCAUAAUAUUGCAUCGGAUAAAGAUAGAGAAGCACAAGAUGCUUUAGCAUCCUUCUAUGCUCAAUUGGCUGAGAAGGAAGCACAAGAAGAUGAUGACGAUGAUGAUGAUGACGAUGACGACGAUGAUGAUGAGUUUGAUGAUUUAAUCUAAUCAUAAUGGUCGUCAUCCCAUUACAUCAUGUAAAUAUCAUAAUCAUAAUAAUCAUAAUAAUUAAAUCAAUUAUAACAAUAAUUACAAAUUUCUUAAGUAUCAUAUUGAUAACAAAAUGUGAGUCAAGCAUGUCGCAAUCGCCGCACCGCAAGCCUUAAUCGGGAUGAAUUUUUCAGUUAAUUUUUCAACCCCAGCUGGAGAAGCCCUUAACUAUUAAAUUAUAUAAUUGUGUAGU